CGACAGGGGAUGAAUACACGCCAGGCUUGCGGUUCUAGAUCAAGGAUCUGCAGGUGGGUACUAGGACUAGGAUAGAACCGGAUGAAUCCAAAAUUCAAAAAAAUAUGUUGUUUUUACUCAUAAACAUAACAACUUGGAAUUAUCUUUGAUGUGAUACUUUUGAAGUAAGUUCCCGACACGACUUCGUUACUUGAAUACAAGCACAAGUACUUCUCCUCAUCAAACACGUGAAGUACACAUACACUUUCUAAGAAAUAAAAAGAUGGCUUCGACAUCAACGUGUUCAAGAGCAGGUACUACCUCCUGUAAAGGGAUGGCUUCAUCUCCCCCAUGGCGGAUCAUGUUCUUUGGAUGGGGUGAGGCUGCUACUUCCUGCUUAGAAGUCCUCUUCAAGGAGUUUCCAGGACGGUUUCAGGUUUGCAUCGUUUCCCACGAAAACCAGGAUGAACAGAACCGACUGGACACCAAGUUGAAAACACUUGUUCAGCAAGAACAAGAGUUGGUGCAGGUUCUUGAUAGCCAACAAGAAGACCUACAAGAAGUUGUAUCAGACGAGGACGUUAAAGGGGGCCACAACAAAGCAGCCCCCAAAUUAGAAGAGCCAUCAUCUUCACAAGGGACUCCUGAGUUGCAUUGUGGUACAAGUUCACCGGAACUGUCUCGGGAUAGCGUUUCUUGCUCCACGUCCGCGACAGAGGGCAUUUCUUCAGCAGUUCCAAGUCGGAAUGACUCUACCAAGGUGGAAGGAAAAGGAAAACAAGAACUGGUGCCAACAGCACGUAGUGCUGGCUUGCAGCAUUCGUGCCACUUAUUCGCUGAUUCCGUGAAGCCUGACGCUUUUCUUGCCGAACUGGACUUUCAACCUCAUCUGAUGAUAUCAGUAUCGUAUCGGCGCCGCAUCGACUGCCUCCAUUUUUAUGCUGUGAAAGUGAGUCACCGUGACUGUUCUAGAUCUGCUUGUUUUGAAUUUGGUCUCUCCUGACAUCACCCAGAAGUAGACGAUAUAUAAUAUCGGACUCCAUUUACAACACUGAAGUCGUCCUCUAAUUCCUAGCCCCCUAUCGUGUGAACUUCCAUCCGAGUUUACUGCCGAAGCACCGUGGCUGUUUCUCAGGCUUCUGGACCAUUUUUGAUGGAGAUGUAGAAACCGGCGUGACUUGUCAUCACAUGGAAGAUUAAGGCUACUGGUCGUGCUAAUCCAUCUUGUUCUUCUAGAGAAGCAAGUAAGUAUACUCUUGCUUGGAGCUGUUCUUGCUGUUCCUGUCGGAUUCCCAUAGAUUGACGAGGGGAAAUAAACUAACAGCUCCAAGAUGUACGAGUCCCAAGAUGGAUCAUUUGGGUGAAGAGUUCUAAGAAGGGAAAUUUGAUCGUGGGACCAUCGUCGCAGUUGAGAAGCUUGCGCUGGACCAGACAGAAACCAGCAAGUCCCUCUACCGUAGUUUGCUUCCGGUAACGCAGGCUUGCUUCAGAAAAGUAGUGAAGAUGUUCUUUUUUGGUCAUGAUCAAGGAGGACGAGAACAACAGGGACAUCACGAAGCUACUCCAUCCGAGAAUCAUCAAGCGACGUCUUCAUCUGGUACUACGAUCUCCACAACCAAAUUACCUUCUACAAAUAGUACUUCCUCCCCGUCGUCCGGUCCCCAAACAAACAAUUCUUAUUCUUGUGUCCCUGGCACCCUGCCCAAAGGCAGUGCACAAGAAGGCGAACCGAGUUACCAUUCACGGAAAUUGCCGCAUGGUGGCGUGAUCCAGCCAGGCUGGGAGCAAGCGAAAGUAGAACGCUUUAUCCGUGCUAUGAGGUUUCCGCCACACGAGGGCGCCAUCUAUUUCGCAAAAGAUGGAUCGCGAGUGGUUUGUGAUGCUCUAGAAGACUGGCGGAAAGGAUGCUCGAUAAUGGGAUAAAAGGGCGUGCUCCUUAGUGGUGCGUGAAGUUGUGGUGCGUGCUGCUACUUUUUAGUGGACUUAUCAAUAUGAUACAGUGGUUGUGCAUGUGCUCCUUCUGGGUCGUUGUCCCUGUACCUGCUGCGGCACUAGCAUUUCAUCUUCUAUGUCCGCCUCCUACAACGUUCUUGUAAUGUGAUGUUGCAUGCUCCGACCGCUACUUGCUACUCAUAUGACGAUACAUCAGGU